AUGGCUCCUUAUAAGGUUCUUUAUGGGAGAAGAUGUAGAUCUCCUAUUGGUUGGUUCGAGGUUGGUGAAGCUGAGUGGAUAGGACUAUAUUUGGUUCAUCAAUCCAUGGAGAAGGUGAACAUUCUUCAGGAAAUGUUAAAGACAUCACAAAGUCGUGAGAAAUCCUAUACAGAUGUUAGGAGAAGGGACUUAGAGAUAUCAAAGAGAAUUGGAAAUGUAGCUUAUAAGUUGGAGCUACUGUCAGAGUUAGCAACAGUCCAUCCAGUAUUCCACAUUUCAAUGUGGAAGAAGUAUAUGAGUGAUCCUUCACUUAUUAAACCUACUGAGAAUAUCGGUAUUACGAAAAACCUAUCUUACGAGGAUGUACCCAUUCAGAUUCUUGAUCAUCAGGUUCACAUGUUGAGGACCAAGGAGGUUGCACUAGUUAAGGUCUUAUGGAGAAAUCAAUUUGUUGAGGAAGCUACUUGA